AGACCGGGGUGGAGGGCGCUGUCCCGGCGGGCCGGGAAGCUGGGUCUCGUCCCGCUCCGCCCGCGGCGCCGAACCCAGAAAUUGCGGCGAGAGCCGACGGGCCACUCUGCUCUGGGUCGUCCCCGCCCAGACAAGUUCAGGGCGCGCACCGCUCCACGGUACUGGAUUAAUCAUUGCAGAGCCCGGAGGGCUCCUCCUGCCCGCACCGCCGCCCACUCCGCCUGCCCGCAGCCGCUCCGCCCGCUCCGCCGCUCGCAACUUUUCCUGCCUGUUGCGUGCAGCCAACAUCCCGCCCGCCACCGCUCCGGCGGGGAUGGGUUCGGCGGGGCAGCGGGGCUGGUAGCCUUCCCGGCAGCCGGAGAAGGCCCGGGGUGGUGCCGGGGAUCUCCGCCCUCGCCGCUGUCGCUUGUCCCCAGGCUCGGCGGAGAUGGAGGUGCAGCUGGGGGUCGGCCGCGUCUACCCGCGGGCCGGGGGCAGGACCUUCCGCGGGGCUUUUCAGACCUUCUUCCAGAGCGUCUGCGAGGCGUUCCAGACACCGCGGGAGGAACCGGGCGGCAGUCAGCCGCCGCCGGCCUGCCCUCCCAGCCCCCGGCCGCCGCCGGGCUCCCCCUCCGGGCUGCCGCCCCCGGAGCCCCGCGGCACCGGGAAGGCGCUGUCGGGGGGCGGCCCCGCCAUGGGCUCGCCCUUCCCUGGCGAGCUGCGGGAGCUGCUGUGCGAUGCGGGGGGGCUGCCGCUGCUGCCGCCGCCCGAAGCCGAACCGGCGCCCCGGGAGGACCCGCUGGGCGAUAGCGCCAAGCAGCUCUGCAGAGCGGUCUCCGCCUCCAUGGGCCUGGCGCUGGAGACGCUGGAGGCUCCGGCCGAGCCGCUGCCCCGCGAGGACUGCAUGUUCGCCCUGCCCGCCGAGCCGCCCCGCAACCCCCACCCGCCCCCCGGGGACCCUCCGGGGCCUCCCGCCCCCGCUGCCUUCCUCGCAGCCGAGGCCGUCCUGGCGCUGGAGCCUCCCGCCGGGCCGGGGCUCUACCGGAGCUCCCCGGGACCCGCUGCCCGGCCGGCACCCAGUUUCGCCCCGGCCCCGCCGCCCGCCCGCGUCAAGCUGGAGAGCGCGGUGGGCGGCAGCUGGGGACCCCCGUGCCGGUACGGUGCCGAGUUGGCCCCGCCGGGCCCCGCCGGGCCCUGGACCGCCUUCUUCGCCGAGGAGGGGCAGCUCUACGGGCCCUGCGCCGAGCCGACCCCCGGGCCCUUCUGCGGGCGCGGGCCAGCUGCUGAGACUGCCGAGUUUGCCGCUGACGGAUGGUACCCGGCGGGGCGGGCGCCCUUCGCCGCCACUACCGCCUGCAUCAAGAGCGAGCUGGGCCCCUGGGCCGAGGGAUACGCCGGCGCCUACGGCGAUGUCCGGUUGGAGACUGGCCGUGAACAUGUCUUGCCCAUUGAUUAUUACUUCCCACCUCAGAAGACUUGCCUGAUCUGUGGUGAUGAAGCCUCUGGGUGCCACUAUGGAGCCCUCACUUGUGGCAGCUGCAAAGUCUUCUUCAAACGGGCAGCUGAAGGGAAACAGAAAUACCUGUGUGCCAGCAGGAAUGACUGCACCAUUGACAAGUUCAGAAGGAAAAACUGCCCCUCCUGCCGCCUGCGGAAGUGCUAUGAGGCUGGGAUGACCCUUGGAGCCCGCAAGCUGAAGAAGCUGGGCAACCUGAAGACACCAGAUGAUGUGGAUGCAGCCUGUUCAUCCAGCCCCGUUGAGGAGCAUGCUCCCAAGCUGGUGAUGACACGGAUUGAUGGGUAUGAGUGUCAGCCCAUCUUCCUCAAUGUCCUGGAGGCCAUAGAGCCUGGCGUGGUGUGUGCUGGCCAUGACAACAGCCAGCCAGACUCCUUCUCCAACCUGCUGAGCAGCCUCAAUGAACUUGGGGAGAGGCAGCUGGUCUACGUGGUCAAGUGGGCAAAGGCCUUGCCAGGAUUUCGCAACCUGCAUGUGGAUGACCAGAUGUCCAUAAUUCAGUACUCCUGGAUGGGGCUCAUGGUUUUUGCCAUGGGUUGGAGAUCUUUCACCAACGUCAACUCCAGGAUGCUUUACUUUGCUCCAGACCUGGUCUUUAAUGAGUACCGCAUGCACAAGUCCAGGAUGUACAGCCAGUGCCUCAGGAUGAGGCACCUCUCCCAGGAAUUUGGGUGGCUCCAGAUCACACCCCAGGAGUUCCUCUGUAUGAAGGCUCUGCUCUUCUUCAGCAUUAUUCCAGUGGAUGGUCUGAAGAACCAGAAGCUCUUUGAUGAACUCCGGAUGAAUUACAUUAAGGAACUUGACCGCAUCAUCGCCUGCAAGAGGAAGAACCCCACCUCCUGCUCUCGGCGAUUUUACCAGCUCACCAAAGUCCUGGACUCUGUGCAUCCUAUUGCCAAGGAUCUGCAUCAGUUUACAUUUGACCUUUUAAUUAAGGCACAUAUGGUGAGUGUGGACUACCCUGAAAUGAUGGCUGAGAUCAUCUCUGUGCAGGUUCCCAAGAUCCUGUCUGGAAAAGUCAAGCCUAUCUACUUCCACGCACAGUGAUCUUCCAGAGGGGCCUCCCAGUGCUGCCACCCCCAUUUCAGCCAUCUCCUGCCUGUUAUUUCUGCACUACUGUUGUUCUGCAGUGCCUUGGGGAAUCCCUCCACAGACGUGGUGUGCCAAGGAGACGGACAGUAACAUACCUGCUGGGAUUCCUGAGAUUUCUAUUUUUCCUGAGGUACCUCUGAGCUGAACUACCAGCCAUGGCUUCUCCCGGAUCUGGCUCACUGUGCUGGGACAGAGGACAGUGGCAGUGGCACUGUGCCAAUGCUCUCUCGUUUAUGUGUUUUCCUCAGUGACUUCUGACUGGCCCAGGACCAUGGGAGAUCAGGAGGAGUGCCAGCAGCUGUUGGGCUUGGGUGUGUUUUAAGAACAGAACAAGACAAGAAGCAGGUUGAAUCUAUAAGUUUGGGUGUGGGUUACUUUACCAGGCUCCUCUGGGACUUUUUAUUUGCAUUGUGGUGCUGGAAAGCAGAUGAGUUAAGAUAUUGCAUCAGAGAAAGAGAGAAGAGUAGGGGGAUGAGGUGGAUCUGCAGCCUGGAGGACUCUCGGGACCUGCUGCUGGGUCAGAGAGCUGUGGGGUCUGUUGAGGACAGGACGUGGUGGCCACCAGUGCCCUGGAGCUACUCACAGGGUGUCAGCAAAGGGAUGGAGGGGAAGGUGACUUUUGGGGUGGAUCCCUACUCUUUCCCACCUGGGAUAUUUUUCCUGCAGAUGGUGAAGCUGGAUCUGGGUCUGUCCCUGGGCACUCGGCAAUCACAUUUCCAUCCUUGGCAGCUGCUGCUCCUCCCACCCAUCUGUUCCCAGCUCCCACCCAGCCCAUCCCACCUCCACAAGUGCCUGCCCUCCAGCCCCUUGCCAGCUCUGCUCUCCCUGUCUGUUCCCAGACCCUGGGUUUCCAGCUAUGCUACUUAUUUUUCAUUUAUCCUAAUUAUUUUUUUCUGAUGCCUGCAGCCAAGUGUGCUGGGAGCAGAGCAUCGGGGCUGGGACCUGCAAGGGUCCUGUUCCUGCUGUCCCUUGGCAGCUGGGGCCACCACGGUGCUCUGGGGGGCUGCAGGGGAAACACUGAGGAGAUUCUCUGCCUUUGGAGUGGUGUGCAUGGCUCUUGCUAAUUGCAGUGCUUGAUUGCACUCGGGAGUGGGGGACACUGACCAUUGUGCACUGCCUCUCACAUCACCUCACAGAUGGUCCCUCACGUGUCCCUUGUGCCCUGGUGCCUGUCCCCAGCAGCCAGGCUGGGCUGGUGAGUCUGGAGGUGUGGGUGACUUCUUCAUUUGGCAGCCUGAGGUCUGAGCUCUUCCUCCUGAAACCCCCCCAUGCAGGAGGCAGCAGAAUCUGUAGGUGACCUUCCUGACCACACCCGACAGGACGGGGCUCUCAGUAGCUUUUCCUGUUUUAGAGGGCUGCAAGUAUUUUACGUGUUGGUGUGAUCUGGAAUUUUCAAACGAACCAGUGAAAGAGUCCUGCUGGUGCAUUCCUUCCUCUUCAGCACUUCCUGGCUGUUAAGCAGAAGACCACCAUAAGCAGCCGGGUUGUGAUGCCCUCAUCUCCCUCUUCCACAGGAGGGAGUUCACAAGUGAGCUGAGCGGCUCCUCUGGAGAGCUUUUACAUCUUGCACGAGUUCGUGUCAGUAGUUUUUAGUUACUGAGAGUGGAGGUGUCCUGCUGGGAGACUGGGAAGAAACCAAACGGAACAGGGAUCUGCAUACUCCUGGUGGCAGCAUCGUGGGAAGGCAGAGAGGUCUGGGAGGGGAUGCUGCUGAUGUGUCACCUGCCAGAGGUGUGCAGCUCACCUUAUGACACUGCUCCCACUGCCAGUGCUUCCAGGAGGGUGCUGGAGCUCUGGUGAACCCCCAGGGGAGGGGGACCUGGGCUGCCAUCCUCACAGGGACCCCAAAGCCCUGGGCACCCGCCUUGUGUGCUCUGUGGCGUCAGCAUUUAAGUGAACUUCUACGACUUUUUCAUUCGAGAGUUGAUUUUUAAUGCUACUGCUAAGGGGAUGAGUGAAGGAUGUGUGAACCAGUAGUAACUGUGCAUAUUUUCUGGGGGAUUUGAGCCUCUUCCUGUGUUUAUUUUCAUGGGCUGCUGCAGGAACUGGGGGAAAAUGAAGGCUUAGAUAUACCAAAGUUCUGGUCUUUGUACUUUGUGUUUUCUUCUGUGUUUUCUUGUCUACUUUUGCUUUAAUAAAGCAAAAAGAAUUUCACAGACUUCACUGUCAUGUAGCAGCUGUCCCUGGAUGUUUCAGUCCUGUAAUAUAUGAUAAACACAUACACACAUAUAUACAUAUAUAUAUAUAAAGGCAUGCCCUGUUUUAUAUUGCUAAAGCUACCUAUUUAAUGCUGUAAUAGUGUUUCUUUUCUGAUUUCAACUGCGUGUUCUCCAGGAGGUGAGCUGGGAUGUUCCAAUGUUAAUGGAAACUUUUAAUUUAAUAUUUUUUUCUGGUUAGGUACUGCCAUUUGUCAAAGGUCCAUCCUGUUGUGAUAUGAAUAGAGCAUGCACUGGCAGGGUCUGGUGUCAGCAUCUGCCUCUCCAGCUUUCUUGCAGCUGAUUCUGGUUAGACAGGGGUUGUGUUUGCACCUGGGGGACAACAGUGUCCUGAGUUUCUGCCCUCUCUGACUGCAGAGUGUGUUUGCACCUUAGGGCAGAAUCCUGGAAUCACAGAGCAGUAGCACUUUUGUGGCUGUUUCAAAGGAGAUCUCAGAGGCACAGAAAUCCUUUCUUGUACCAGGGCAGCUGGCUGAGUCCACCUUCUGCACUGUCACAUCCUGGUGGCCUCAGUCCUGGGGACAGGCUGUGGCACGAUGUCCCUGUGGAAGGGGACAGGCAGCAGUGACAGGGCUGGGACUGUGGGGAUGGAAACUCACCUGCCCACAGGUGAGGGCAGGGCUAGGGGUCUGGAGGAGCAGGGUGCAGGCUGCAGCCCCCCCAUGCCCCCCUGCACCACCGAGGGAUUUGUGCUGGUUCCCUUUGGACGUGGCAGGGGAACUGCACUUGUGAUUCAUAAAGUGAAUCUCUGCACCACAUACAAACCACAGCAGAUUUGUAAUAAGCUGCACUCUGUGCUGGGUGUUCUGUGUUCUGUGGUGAUUUAAUGCUGGUUUAGUUUGUUCAGAUGCCUCUGUAAUAAAAAAGAGUUCUCUAUAUUGAUAUAUUUUAUUUUCUUUGUAAGAAGCCAAAAAGCUCAUUGCUGGUGCCUUUUUGCCUGGGGAGGACUCCCACAGCUGUAUUCAUGAAAGAAACAAAGUGCAGCAUCUCUGCAUUUUCUCCUUUCAUCACUGCUGAGU